AUGCGAACAACCUUCGCCGCCUUCUGGCUCCUGGGCCUAGUGAACGACAUCCCCUACGUGAUCAUGAUCGCAGGAGCCAAAGACAUUGCUGCAGGUGGAGUGGGCCUUGUGUACGUUGCUGAAGUGCUCCCGACUCUGCUGGUUCAGUUUUCUGGUCCAUAUUGGUUCCAACUUGUGUCCUAUCGAUGCCGGCUUUACGUCGCCGGGUUAUGCAUGGCUCUGAGCUUUGUCACAGUGGCAUGUGGGCUUGGCACGUCGCUAUUUCUCCAGCUUGUGGGUGUUUGCUUCAAUGGAAUUCAAUCCGCCAUCGGGGAAUCUUCCCUUUUGGCAUACGCCAGUCGCUACGACGAUCCACGCCUCUGCUUGACAGCGUGGUCAAGCGGUACUGGGUUUGCAGGCAUUGCAGGAUUCGCAUGGCUGACAGGCCUGUCCAGCUUUGUGGGCCUCCAGACCACGCUGCUGCUGGCAUUGAUCUUUCCCAUGUGUUACCUCACCAGCUUCGAGUGGAUGCUGCCGCACUUUCGCUCCCCCGAAGCUAUGCCAUUGGUGUCGUCGUCCAAGCUUCGUAUUGGGCUCAGACAAGGGAUGCGAUUAACAUUUAGCCUGUGGCCGUACAUGGCGCCCCUAACUCUCGUGUACGCUGCUGAGUUCGCGAUGAUGACCGGCACGUGGGCUGCGAUUGGGUUCCCAUUGACCGAUCCCAUUGCCCGUGGAUCUUUCUACCGCUCUGCCGGCUUUACCUAUCAAAUCGGAGUGUUCGUAGCCCGAUCCUCUGGUGGAUGGAUUCGGUUAUGUCGGGGCAGUCUGCUGUUGGUGGCGUGGUUACAAGUGACGUACUUCUGCUUCUUUUGGGUGGUGGCGCAGUUCCAAGUGCUCUACAAUUGGACCCUCUUGCUGCCGUGCUUUGUCGUUGGGACGUUGGGAGGGUUGGUCUACGUGAACGCGUUCGCCCUGUUGUCCGAAGAAGUGACAAAACACACGGAAUUUGCCUUGGCAGCUGCCACCGUGGCGAUGAAUAUUGGCGUGUUGGUGGCAGACGUGGCUGGGCUUUGGGUUCAAGGAUGCCUCUAUUCGAUGCAUCACCUUCUUGGCGCCGCCUUGCAUGUCGACUGUUCCAAGUAG